AUGAAUGUCGCUCAGAAGCGCGGGUGCUCCACCUCCUCCCGCCCCUCCUUCUUAAGGCGCGCCAUCAGGGAAGCUGAGUCUUCCUCCAAAACGAAUUUAUGCUGCGAUAAAGCGAAGGACGGCGAUAAGAAAAAUGUCCUUGCAGUGCAGACGAUUCGUAACGCAAUAAUGGGUUCCACCUUGAUGGCCACCACCUCCAUCCUCCUCUGCUCCGGCCUCGCGGCCAUGAUCAGCAGCACAUACAGCAUCAAGCAGCCCCUGAACGACUCGGUCUACGGCGCGCAUGGGGAGUUCGUGGUGGCUUUGAAGUACGUCACGCUUCUCGUGAUCUUCCUCUUUUCCUUCCUCUGCUACUCCCUCUGCAUCAGGUUCAUCGGCCAAGUGAACUUUCUCAUCAACGUCCCUCAAGGGGACGACAAUUCCCUCGUGACGCCGGAGUACAUUUCCAAUCUCCUGGAGAAGGGUUUUGCCCUCAACAUAGUUGGCAACAGACUCUUUUAUGCAGGCCUUCCCAUUAUAUUGUGGAUAUUUGGACCAGUUUUGGUGCUUCUAUGCUCUGUCACCAUGGUUCCAAUACUGUACAACAUGGACAUUGCCUUUGGGCAAGGGAAGGGUGGUAUCAGGAAAGAAGAUAAGGUCGAUGGAAAAAUUUCUAUGGCCGUGUAGGAGACUCGUAAAGGUGGUGCCGUUGUAUUCCAAUCUUCUGUCUUUUUUUCUUUUUUUUUUCCGCCAGCUUCUUUUUUCUAAUUUUGUUGGCGAUAGUUAUGGCACCAUUGUACGUUAAAAAAAAUAUAUAUCAAGGGCAGGGUUACUGGUGUUU